GGGCGCCUGCGCAGCGAUGCCGAAAUGCUUCCCAUCUUGGAAAAGGGACAAGGUAUACCCAGCGACGCCGCGAUGCUUCCUGUCUUGGAAAAGGGACAUCAUUCCGAGGCCCUCACAACAACAACAACAACAAUAUUGUUGUAACCCAUGGAGGUUUAAUUAAACCUCCUUGAUCUCAGGUGAUGUAUGCUCAGUGAAUCGGAGGUCUAUCAUGAUUGACAUUUAACUAUAUUGAUGGGCACAAAUAACUGUUGGAGCUACCUGGCAUCUUUGGGUGUACACCACUACACCUGGCAUGACCCACUCUUGGCAGAGGGCCUUGCUGUCUGUGCUCCUCUCAACAAAACCCCAUGUGUUGAUGUUGAUGAAGAGGAAUUCUUCCAUCCCAGUGUUGAAUCAUUAGUGUGCAGUGUUAGUGGAUGCAAGAAGACAUUUAGCACUGUAGUAGAUUAUGCAGCCCACCAGCGGUCCUGCCACCAACAUGUGUGCUCUUCCUGCAAACAAUCUUUCCCCACAAACCAUUUGUUGGACCUUCACCUGCUGGAGGGACAUGAUACCUUAUUUCAGCUAAUGGCUGAAAAAACUCCACAGUACCAGUGCUUUCUGGAAACCUGCCGAGAAAAGUUCAGAAAUCCUACUGAAAGGAAAAGUCACUGUAUACAAUCUCACAAAUUUCCUUCUAAUUUUCGCUUUGAUACUUCAUGGAGAAAACUGGAAAAAACUAAUAGGAAAAAAAAAAAAACUGACAUUGCUGGUGAAUCUCCUAUGGAGUGUGAAGUUACAGUAGAAAGUUCUCCAGGAUGUGGUUCAGAAAGUACUGAAGCUGCACCUACACACAUCCAAAAUGAAAAUGUAAGAAAAAUGCCAAAGGUGCCACAUACUUUGUCCUUUGGUGCUGGAGUUGCUCGAGGCUUCAGUCGAGGUAGUAGAGGUAACAGGGGGCAUGGUAGGAAGAAUGGCCCACACUGGCACCAAAGGAAACAUGUUCCAUAUAAUUCAAAGACAAAUAUUGAAGAAGUAAACAUGAAUGACUUAGAAGCAGCACUCCCUGGAGAAUCACAAAGUGUAUGAUGUGUACAUGUUACAGACUUCAUAGAUUUAUUGUAAUUUGUUGUACAUGUAUGCUAAGCUUAUUGUAUAUGAUUUUUUUAAGAAACUAAGAACUAGCUCAUAAAAGUUAUGAAUCACUAUAAAUCAUCUCUUGCUUUAGUGAUUGUUAUACUCCAUCAAAAUGCAUUUAAAGUCAUAGCAAUAUUACCAUACCAGAGGCCUUGAUGAAAGCAAAAAUACACAUACAGUUAUAACCUCUGAAAAAUAUUACAAAGAUACAGUAUUGUUUUCAGAAUAAUUUUUUGGGAAAUCCUCAUAAGUCACUACCUUUGUUAGAUUGUAGUUCUGGUAAUUUUGCUUUAAUGUUAUUAAAAAAAAAAGUUAUUACAUCUGGAGAUGUAAUAUGUAUUUGAAGUGCUCCAUACUGUACAUAUUUCAUUAUAUGAGGAAAUACUUUUAAAUGUAUGCAUGGAAACAUCUUGUCUUGGCUAUGGAACGUUUGAUUGGUCUCUAGAGGAUGGCUCACAUUACAAGAAUGAAAAUUAUUACCAGAUAUAAUCUCCUCCAUGUAAGUGUGCUUUAUACCACAUGAAUAAUAUAAGUUCUAAAGGAAUAUAAGCUCUGAUAGGAGCCAUAUGCUUACUAGUCUUGCACAUCAAUGCAAAGUGUCUUCUGUACUAUACUGUAUACUAAGCAGUUGUACUGAGGAACAUAACUGUUAUUCAUAUAACUGGUCUUUGUGAUCAGGAUUUGUGGUAGGACAGAAGGCAUAGAUUUGUGAAUUGAAGUCACUGAACAUAUUACAUUUCAUAAGUGCUACAUUACAGUAAGCCCCGCACUUGGCGAAAUUAACUUUUGGCGGUAGGGUGGCCACGGACCACCGAGUGCAUGCUUGGUGAUUUGAAUUCAAACUUAGUGGUUCCCUGGCGGCAGCACAGCGAACCAUACAACCACCCGGUGACUUCAGACCUCUCUCUAAACCUAUCAGAAUGCAGUGUGAGAGUCCCCUUCAGCCAUUUUGUUUGUGCUACCUUCUGUUCUGCUAGUGUAGGAACAAAUUCUGGCGAUUUACCGCCAACAUGACCUCUACCAUCACAACAGGUGGUACCGGUGGGUGCAAGGACAAAAGUGGACGAGGAAAACGGGUGGAAAAACGGGAGUUACAGCCUUUAUAUCAUGUCUUAUACAGCUCAGGCUGUAGGAAGUUCAAUAGUUUCUUUUACAAGUUCCCAUGCUUGUGCCUACAAAUAUGUAUUAGUGGUGUGUACUGGGAUGCCUGUUGACUAUUUUCCACCCAGCAGGGAUCACUUAACCAGUUAACUAUGACAUAUAUGAUGAAUAGCUACAUAAAUCAUAUGAUCUAAAGGCUAUUUUUAAACUUGGCAGCUUAUAUUUUCCUCCCAUAUCUCCUGAAAUGAUGUUUGGCACUUCAGGGUGAGUCCAACUUUUCUACCUUAUUACAAAUAAGUGCUUGUGUGUUGAUGAUACAGUAGAUUAAACUUUUACUUUACAUUAGGCUACAUGGAAACAGUGUAACCUACUGUACACAAAAAUAUUUUUCAUUGAUUUUCUUUUAAGAUUCAACUUGUAAAGGUUAUGUAUCUUGAAAAAUCUUGCAAAAGGUUAGUUAUCAGAGGGUUUAAAAAAAAAACAGUAACACUAUGACAGGUGUGUGCUACUCCCUUUCUCUUUGUUUCACAGUAUUUUUAUAUGUGUAUGUUGUAUCUUGAGCAUCAGAGAAUAUGUACUUCUACAAACAGAUAGAGCAGUAUUCAGAUCAGUAAUAUAUAGUAGCAAUGCAUAGAGAACAUCUGGAAAGCAAAAAUAAGUUGUGAAUAAAUAUUGUUUUAGUUAUGCAAGACAUUUCAAUCAAUAAUUUACACACAUCUGUAUUUCUUUUAAAUUUAAGGGAUCAUUUCAUACUCGUACAUGUUGGUGGUCACACCAGUUGACUGACUGUCUAAGUGUGUUUUCUUGUGUAGUGAUUAAUAGUGUUAUGUGAUCAGUUUUAUAGCUUGUAUUUACUUGGUUGAGUAUUCCCUUAUUCUCUAUGGAAUGUUGUUAGACAGUACAUACAAGUUAGGGACUAAAUAUCAAAAAUAGAAGAUAUGCUUUUAGAGUGCCCAUGAAUACUAUUUUCCAUAGUUGGUUCAUUCAUUGCUGCUUUUGUGAGAUGCCUUGAAUAUUGCUAGAAGUACAUUUAGUGUUGUGAAAUUGGUAUGAAUAUACAGUAUGUAUAAAAGUCUCAAAAUUUAAUUGUCUAUGAUUAUCUUCUGCUAAAAGAUAUAUUUUUAAUAAAAUUUUUAUAUUA